GUCCACUGCCGAACAUCAUUGAUGUCUUAGAUGUACUGGGAGAAGCGGGUCCACUGCCAAACAUCAUUGAUUUCUUUGAUGUGCUGGGAGAAGUGGUCCCGCUGCCAGACACGACUGGCAUCAUGGAUAUGUUCGGCAACCAAACAGCAAGAAAGAAUGGAUUCACAAAUUUCAAAGAAAGUACCCCAUGUGAGCAGGCCGGAAACGGGAAAUCUCACCAUCGGUCCCAAGACUGAUGCUCAAGUACGCGCGGAUUGUGGGGGCGCACAAUUUCUUGCAGUGCCACGGGUGAUCGUGGAAAGAUUGGAUCCACAGAACAUCGUGGAAAGAGGAUGUUCGUACAUAGCGCUAUCCACUCAGAAGUAGACGACGAGGCGAUAGAAGAGACUCGCGAGAUAUGCCCGCGGCUCAGAAAGGAGGAGGCGACUUGCCUUGACAAAAUGGAGUUGGAGGUCGCAAAGAUGAUAAA